CCUUCAUCCCCGUGAGCCCCGAGGUCAUGAAGCGCCGGCGGGGCGGUCUCAUUGAGCAGCGGGACAUCAUCAAGGCGCAUGAGGCCCACAAGAUGCAGAGCACGCCCCAGGCCCGGCGGAAGGAGUGGGAGAUGGCCCGUUUUGGGGAAGCCGUGGUUGGCAGGCCUGGAUCCGGAGAAGGAGACUCCGAACAGAGCCGGAACCGGCAGGGGACCCCGGUGGCAUCCGCGGGGACCCAGGCGGGCUUCAAGCAAUCCAAGGCCCAGAGGGCACGGACCAUGGCACUGUACAACCCCAUCCCGGUCAGGCAGAACUGUUUCACCGUCAACAGAUCCCUGUUUAUCUUCGGCGAGGAUAACAUUGUCAGAAAAUACGCCAAGAAACUCAUCGACUGGCCGCCGUUUGAGUACAUGAUCUUGGCCACAAUUAUUGCGAACUGCAUUGUCCUGGCUCUGGAACAGCAUCUCCCCGAAGAUGACAAGACUCCCAUGUCACGGAGGCUGGAGAAGACGGAGCCUUAUUUCAUCGGGAUCUUUUGCUUUGAAGCUGGAAUCAAAAUUGUGGCCCUCGGAUUCAUCUUCCACAAGGGCUCUUAUCUCCGCAACGGCUGGAACGUCAUGGACUUCAUCGUGGUUCUCAGCGGAAUCCUGGCCACAGCUGGAACCCAUUUCAACACCCACGUGGACCUACGGACCUUGCGGGCUGUCCGCGUGCUGAGACCUCUGAAGCUCGUGUCGGGCAUUCCCAGCUUGCAGAUUGUGUUGAAGUCCAUCAUGAAGGCAAUGGUACCCCUCCUCCAGAUUGGUCUCUUGCUCUUCUUUGCCAUCCUGAUGUUUGCCAUCAUCGGCCUGGAGUUCUACAGUGGGAAGCUGCACAGGGCCUGCUUCAUGAACAAUUCAGGUAUACUUGAAGGAUUUGACCCACCUCAUCCGUGUGGGGUGCAGGGCUGCCCUGCGGGCUACGAUUGCCGGGACUGGAUUGGUCCCAACGAUGGGAUCACCCAGUUUGACAACAUUCUCUUUGCCGUGCUGACCGUCUUCCAGUGUAUCACCAUGGAAGGAUGGACUACCGUGCUGUACAAUACCAAUGAUGCCUUGGGAGCCACCUGGAACUGGCUGUACUUCAUCCCUCUCAUCAUCAUCGGCUCCUUCUUCGUCCUCAACCUUGUCCUGGGUGUGCUUUCUGGGGAGUUUGCCAAAGAGAGAGAAAGAGUGGAGAACCGUCGCGCCUUCAUGAAGCUGCGGAGGCAGCAGCAGAUUGAACGGGAGCUGAACGGCUAUCGAGCCUGGAUCGACAAAGCCGAGGAAGUGAUGCUAGCCGAAGAAAAUAAAAACGCAGGGACAUCGGCUCUAGAAGUCCUUAGAAGGGCAACCAUCAAGAGGAGCCGGACAGAAGCCAUGACUCGGGACUCAAGCGAUGAACACUGUGUCGAUAUCUCCUCUGUGGGCACCCCUCUGGCUCGUGCUAGCAUCAAGAGUACCAAAGUAGAUGGGGCCUCCUAUUUCCGGCACAAGGAGCGACUGCUGCGCAUCUCCAUUCGCCACAUGGUCAAGUCCCAGGUGUUCUACUGGAUCGUUCUGAGCGUCGUGGCUCUCAACACAGCCUGCGUAGCCAUCGUCCACCACAAUCAGCCCCCCUGGCUCACCCACCUCCUCUACUAUGCAGAGUUCUUGUUUUUGGGGCUCUUCCUCUUGGAGAUGUCCCUGAAGAUGUAUGGCAUGGGGCCACGCCUAUACUUUCAUUCCUCAUUCAACUGCUUUGAUUUUGGGGUCACGGUGGGAAGCAUCUUUGAAGUGGUUUGGGCAAUUUUCAGACCGGGCACCUCUUUUGGAAUCAGCGUCUUGCGGGCUCUCCGGCUCCUGAGAAUAUUUAAAGUGACAAAGUACUGGGCAUCCCUGCGCAAUUUGGUGGUGUCCCUGAUGAGUUCCAUGAAGUCCAUCAUCAGCCUGCUCUUCCUCCUCUUCCUCUUCAUCGUCGUCUUUGCCCUGUUGGGAAUGCAGCUCUUUGGAGGCAGGUUCAACUUUAGUGAUGGGACACCUUCAGCCAACUUUGACACCUUCCCCGCAGCCAUCAUGACGGUAUUCCAGAUCCUGACAGGAGAGGACUGGAACGAGGUGAUGUACAAUGGGAUACGCUCUCAGGGCGGGGUCAGCUCAGGCAUGUGGUCAGCCAUCUACUUCAUCGUGCUCACCUUGUUUGGAAACUACACCCUGCUGAAUGUCUUCUUGGCCAUUGCCGUGGACAACCUGGCCAACGCGCAGGAGUUGACCAAGGAUGAGCAGGAGGAAGAGGAGGCCUUCAACCAGAAGCACGCCCUGCAGAAGGCCAAGGAGGUCAGCCCGAUGUCCGCUCCCAACAUGCCUGCUAUCGAAAGAGACAGGAGGAGGAGACACCACAUGUCGAUGUGGGAGCCGCGCAGCAGCCACCUGAGGGAGCGCAGAAGGCGGCACCACAUGUCGGUGUGGGAGCAGCGGACCAGCCAGCUGCGGCGUCACAUGCAGAUGUCCAGCCAGGAGGCCAUCAACAAGGAGGAGCCCCCUCCCAUGAACCCCCUCAACCCGCUUAACCCUCUCAGCCCCCUCAACCCCCUCAAUGCACACCCCAGCCUCUACCGGAGGCCCAAAGCUAGUGAGGGCUCUGGGCUGGAGAAGUGUGAGGAGGAGGAGCAAGGGGGUCAGGGGGAGCCUCCCCAGGCCGGAGAGGCCCCGGAAGACCCCAAGAGCCCCACAUCCCGGGCCAGCGGGGAGCUUUGGCCGCCCAGGCCGUGCCACGGGAACUGUGAGCUGGAGGCCGGGGGCGGCGGCUGGACCGGGGCUGGGGGCGAGGAGCGAGCCCGGCACAGACAGAGUCAACGCCGCAGUCGGCAUCGCCGAGGGAGGACCGAGGGCAAGGAACCGCCUGGCACAACCGAGGGCAGGCCCGCCAGCCAAGACGGGGGACUGCACGAGGGCACCCCGCUCCGUGAAGAGGGGGAUGGGGGUGCAAAGCACAGCCAGGCAGAGGAGGAGGAGGAGGAGGUGGCUUCAGCUCAGGAGGAAGAGAGGAGCAAGGAGCUGAGAAGAAGCACCAGUCUGACGCCCCCCGAAGGCCCUGUUUUGUCUGGAACAGUGGAGAGCGGUGGUGUCCCCCUGGAGCUGGGGGCGGAGGUGGGGGUGACCGGUCCGGAGGGCGGCGGCCUGGUCCCCAGUGAGCAGGCGCUGCUGGGAGACCUGCACCUGGAGAUGGGCCGGGCCAUCAGCCGCAGCGAGCCCGACCUCUCCUCCGUCAUCGCCAACACUGAGGAGGCCCCCGAGAGCACCACCGUCACCGUCGCCAUCCCUGACAUGGACGCCUUGGUGGACUCCACUGUGGUACACAUUAGCAACAAGACAGAUGGGGAAGCCAGCCCCUUGAAGGAAGCAGAGAUGAAAGAGGAUGGUGAGGAGGUGGAGAAGAAGAAGCGGAAGAAGGAGAAGGGCUCAGACACGGGCAAAGCCAUGGUGCCUCACAGCUCCAUGUUUAUCUUCAGCACGACCAACCCAGUGCGGAGGGCCUGUCACUACAUCGUCAACCUGCGCUACUUUGAGAUGUGCAUCCUCCUGGUGAUCGCCGCCAGCAGUAUCGCCCUGGCCGCCGAGGAUCCCGUGCUCACCAACUCGGAGAGGAACAAGGUCCUGAGGUACUUUGACUAUGUUUUCACGGGAGUGUUCACCUUUGAGAUGGUCAUAAAGAUGAUAGACCAGGGCCUGAUCCUGCAGGAUGGCUCCUACUUCCGAGACCUGUGGAACAUCCUGGACUUUGUCGUGGUAGUUGGGGCAUUGGUGGCCUUCGCCUUGGCGAACGCUCUGGGGACCAACAAAGGUCGGGACAUUAAGACCAUUAAGUCCCUGCGGGUGCUCCGUGUCCUGAGACCCCUGAAAACUAUCAAGCGGCUGCCCAAGCUCAAGGCUGUCUUUGACUGCGUAGUGACCUCCCUGAAGAAUGUCUUCAACAUACUCAUCGUCUAUAAGCUCUUCAUGUUCAUCUUUGCCGUCAUCGCUGUCCAGCUAUUUAAAGGGAAGUUCUUUUAUUGCACGGACAGCUCCAAGGACACGGAGAAGGAAUGCAUAGGCAACUACGUAGACCACGAGAAAAAUAAGAUGGAGGUGAAGGGUCGGGAAUGGAAGCGUCACGAGUUUCAUUAUGACAACAUCAUCUGGGCCUUGCUGACCCUCUUCACUGUCUCCACGGGCGAGGGCUGGCCACAGGUGCUACAGCAUUCCGUGGAUGUGACCGAAGAGGAUCGGGGCCCAAGCCGUAGUAACCGCAUGGAGAUGUCCAUUUUCUAUGUGGUCUACUUUGUGGUCUUCCCCUUCUUCUUUGUCAAUAUCUUUGUGGCUCUGAUCAUCAUCACCUUCCAAGAGCAAGGGGACAAGAUGAUGGAAGAGUGCAGUCUGGAGAAAAAUGAGCGGGCCUGCAUCGACUUUGCCAUCAGCGCCAAACCGCUCACUCGCUAUAUGCCGCAGAACCGCCAUACCUUCCAGUACCGCGUCUGGCACUUCGUGGUGUCCCCAUCCUUUGAAUACACCAUUAUGGCCAUGAUCGCCCUGAACACGGUGGUCCUGAUGAUGAAGUAUUAUUCAGCCCCCUGCACCUAUGAGUUGGCCCUGAAGUAUCUCAACAUCGCCUUCACCAUGGUGUUCUCCCUGGAAUGUGUCCUAAAGAUCAUUGCCUUUGGAUUCCUGAACUAUUUCCGGGACACGUGGAACAUCUUUGACUUCAUCACGGUGAUUGGCAGCAUCACAGAGAUCAUCCUGACUGACAGCAAGCUGGUGAACACUAGCAGCUUCAACAUGAGCUUUCUGAAGCUGUUCCGAGCCGCUCGCCUCAUCAAACUCCUCCGCCAGGGCUACACCAUCCGCAUUUUGCUGUGGACCUUCGUGCAGUCCUUUAAGGCCCUCCCAUAUGUCUGCCUCCUGAUUGCUAUGCUGUUCUUCAUCUACGCCAUCAUUGGGAUGCAGGUUUUUGGGAACAUCAAAUUAGACGAAGAAAGUCACAUCAAUCGCCACAACAACUUCCGCAGUUUUUUUGGGUCUCUCAUGCUGCUCUUCAGGAGUGCCACGGGUGAGGCGUGGCAGGAGAUCAUGCUCUCCUGCCUGGGAGAGAAAGGCUGUGAACCGGACACUACCGCCUCCUCGGGGCAAAACGAGAAUGAGCGCUGUGGCACCGACCUGGCCUACGUCUACUUUGUUUCCUUCAUCUUCUUCUGCUCCUUCUUGAUGCUCAACCUAUUUGUGGCUGUCAUCAUGGACAACUUCGAAUACCUGACUCGGGACUCCUCCAUCCUGGGGCCACACCACCUGGAUGAGUUUGUCCGUAUCUGGGCAGAGUACGACCGGGCUGCGUGUGGCCGCAUCCAUUACACUGAGAUGUAUGAAAUGCUGACUCUCAUGUCACCACCGCUAGGCCUCGGCAAGAGAUGUCCCUCCAAAGUGGCGUAUAAGAGGCUGGUUUUGAUGAACAUGCCUGUGGCGGAGGAUAUGACUGUCCACUUCACCUCCACACUAAUGGCCCUGAUUCGGACAGCGCUGGACAUCAAAAUUGCAAAAGGUGGUGCAGACAGGCAGCUGCUCGAUUCAGAGCUGCAAAAGGAGACUCUAGCCAUUUGGCCUCACCUGUCCCAGAAGAUGCUGGACCUGCUGGUUCCCAUGCCAAAAGCCUCAGACCUAACUGUUGGCAAAAUAUAUGCAGCCAUGAUGAUCAUGGACUACUACAAGCAAAGCAAAGUGAAGAAGCAGAGACAGCAGUUGGAGGAGCAGAAAAACGCCCCCAUGUUCCAGCGCAUGGAGCCCUCAUCUCUGCCUCAGGAGAUUAUUUCUAAUGCCAAAGCCCUGCCUUACCUCCAACAAGACACCCUUUCGGGCCUGAGCGGCCGGAGCGGGUAUCCAUCCCUGAGUCCACUCUCCCCGCAGGAAAUAUUCCAGUUGGCGUGCAUGGACCCAAACCAUGGCCAGUUCCAGGAGCAGCAGUCUCUGGAGCCAGAGGUUAGUGAGUUUAAAAGCGUGCAGCCCUCUAACCAUGGCAGCUACCUCCCUGCGGACACCCAGGAGCGGGCAGCCUCGGGGAGGGCAUCUUCGAUGCCGCGCCUGACCGUGGAGCCCCAGGUGGUGACAGACCCGAGCUCCAUGAGGCGGUCCUUCUCCACCAUCCGGGACAAGCGCACCAACAGCUCCUGGUUGGAGGAGUUUUCCAUGGAGCGGAGCAGUGAAAACACGUACAAGUCUCGCCGGCGUAGCUACCACUCAUCGCUGCGCCUGUCGGCUCAUCGCCUCAACUCUGACUCCGGUCACAAAUCGGACCCCCACCGCUCGGGUGGCCGCGAAAGAGGGCGAUCCAAAGAGCGCAAGCACCUUCUCUCUCCCGAUGUCUCCCGCUGCAAUUCGGAGGAGCGAGGUCCCCAGGCCGACAGCGAUUCCCCGGAGCGGCGCCAGUCCCGCUCCCCUAGCGAGGACAGAGCCCAGACACCCAACAGGCAGGGCACGGGCUCCCUGAGCGAGAGCUCCAUCCCUUCCAUCUCGGACACCAGCACCCCGAAGCGAAGCCGGCGGCAGCUCCCGCCGGUCCCACCCAAGCCCCGGCCCCUCCUCUCCUAUGCCUCCCUGCUCCGACACACCCGCAGCAUCUCUCCUCCGCCCCCCGACGAGAGUGAAGAUGGCUCCCCGUUGCCCCCACAUGCCCCGGAGAGCAACGACGCCUGCCUGACCGUGUCUUCCAGCUCCCCACGAGGGAACCGGAGCCGCCCUUCCACCCCGCAGCGCUACAUCUCGGAGCCCUACCUGGCCCUGCACGAAGACUCCCACGCCUCAGACUGUGGCGAGGAGGAGACGCUCACCUUCGAGGCGGCUGUGGCCACCAGCCUGGGCCGCUCCAACACCAUCGGCUCGGCCCCUCCCCUGAGGCACAGCUGGCAGAUGCCCAAUGGGCAUUACCGGCGGCGGCGGCGGGGGGGCGCGGGGCCGGGGAUGGUGCGUGCAGCCGGAGGCGAUCUCCUGAGUGACACGGAAGAGGACGAUAAGUGCUAGAGGCUGCUGCCCCCACUCCUCCGAUGCAUGCGCUUCUCCAGUGUGGGGAGAAACGGGACAUAAAUGAGAAGCUACUGAAGCCUGAGGAGAGAAAGCAAAGGAGGAAGAAAGGACACCGUCCAAGACCAGAGGAGGAAGAGGAGGAGAAAAACAAAAUCCGCCCAGUCCACCAAACUUCCAAUUUCUCUUGGCCCAGAUGAGCCUGGCUUAAGUGGUGUAAGCCUGACUCCCUUGGGAGGAGAGGGCCAGGGUGGAAAGGAGGACAACCGCUCCUGUGAUGGAGAAGGAAAUGGCCUCCCCCUUUCCUGGGCCUUGCCCACUCAACUUUGAGCAACAGCAGGAAGCAGCUGAGCUGUUGCUUUCAUCUCCUUGCCAGGGGCCUGGGGAAGGCAACCAGGUGGGAAGGUGGAGGCCACCACAGAUAGCAGUAAGCUUUGGGGUGGAUGCUGCCCUGGCUCCUGUAUUUCAGGGGGAU